AUGCGAUUCGAACCUCUACUCGCUUUUGCCCUCCCCGCCCUCAUUGUGGCUGCUCCUACCCCCCAGUGGGAUGAUGCUCCCGAGGAGUCCAUUGUUGGUGGGACUUCGGCCUCUGCUGGCGAGUUCCCCUUUAUUGCCUCUUUGCAACUCAGCGGCAGCCAUUUCUGCGGUGGUACUAUUAUCAACAGCAACACUAUCGUAACCGCUGCACACUGUUCCGUCACGAGUCUUAUUGGCUCUGUCCGCAACGUCCGCGUCCGUUUGGGCUCUUUGAAUAACGCCUCUGGCGGCACCACCUCCGCCGUCUCUGCCAUCUACGUCCACCCCAACUACAUCGACGACGACGAACACCAUGACUUCGACAUUGCCAUCUGGAAGCUGACUACCCCCAUCUCCGCCGGUGGCAACAUUGCCUACGCUAAUCUCGCCGCCUCUGGCAGCGACCCCGCUGCUGGAUCCACUGUUACCGUUGCUGGCUGGGGCGCUACCCGCCAGGGCGGCAGCGGUUCCAGCUCUCUCCUCAAGGUCAGCGUGCCCGUUGUUGCACGCAGCACCUGCCAGUCUCAGUACCCCGAGGAGGACAUCUCCACCAACAUGGUCUGCGCUGGCCAAACCUCUGGUGGAAAGGACUCCUGCCAGGGUGACUCUGGCGGCCCUCUUGUCGACGCCUCUAAGACCCUUGUUGGUGUCGUCUCUUGGGGCUACGGUUGUGCCCAGCCUAACCUCCCCGGUGUCUACUCCCGUAUUGGUACUUUUCGCUCUUUUAUCAGCCAGUACUCUUCUUAA